UGAGGAGUGAAUGUUACCCUUUGAUAAACCCCUUCUGGCACGAGAAUGCGAACAUCACCGAGUCACACAGACAGCUUUUGUACAUGCAUGGAACAUUUGUCAUCCUGAUGCCCCUCAGCCUGAUACUGAUGAUUUUUGGAGGAAUGACUGGAUUCAUCAGUAUUCUUGCCAGGGCCUACCUGCUGCUCCUAAUGACUGGACUGCUUUUCCUUUUUGGAGCUCUCGUUACCCUGACAGGGAUCAGUGUCUAUAUUGCAUAUUCAGCUGCUGCCUUCCAAGAAGCUGUUUGCCUGCUGAGGAGCAAGGAUCUCCUGGUGGAAAUCGACAUCAGGUUUGGCUGGUCCCUGGCUCUGGUGUGGAUCUCCUUUGUGGCAGAAGUGCUCACUGGGGCUGUGUUCCUGCUGGCAGCAAGAGUGGUGGGUCUGAAACGGCAGCGGGAGCAGGCUCUGUGAGCAACAGGUGCCUUUGCAGCCACAGAGCCAUGCGGAGGCUGAAAAUUCAGAUUACUUGGUCCAUCUGGUCACCAGGGGCAAUAAGAGUGCAAGGCUGAGCAUCCUGUCAGCUGCUGUAAGCCUUUUUCCUCAUGGGUGUCUGUAAAACACAAAGACUGGUAAAUCAGUAAAACAUUCCAGGUGUUGUCAAUUAGGAAACCCUUGUGUCCUUAGAAGAGAGUGCAUUGCAGUGUUUGUAUUUCCAGAAUAAUUUCAGCUGGCAGCUCAUCAGACAUCUCCAUUUGUUGCUUAGAACAAGGCAGAUCUCUUGCUUUCUUUUCUUCUUUCUGCUGUCUCAGCAAAGUGACCUUGCAGGCCAGAUUUUGGUUUCUCCUGAGAGCUCUUAGAAGGACGGGGACCUGUUGGAGUGAGUGCAGAGGGGGCCAUGGAGAUUCUCAGAGGGCUCAGCCCCUCUGCUCUGGAGAUGGACUGACAGAGCUGGGGCUGCUCAGCCUGGAGAAGAAAAGGCUCUGGGGAGACCUUAAAGCCCCUCCCAACACCUAAAGGGGCUCCAGGAGAGCUGGAACGGGACUUUGGGCAGGGGCCUGGUGGUUGGAACUGAUAUUUCACAUCCUUUGCAACCCAAACCAUUCCAGAAUCCUGCACUCCAGUAGAUAGUAGUGCCUGUGAUGCUGAAGUUCUCCAGAGCAGUGCAGUGGUGAGCGCACUGCAAGAGGAAGAUACAGCUGUUUUCCAGAUGUUCUAAUGAACUGCUGGGGACAGCCCCAAUCUCUCAAUGAUCAGCCUACAUACUUCUCUCCUUCAGCUUUGUCAGCUCUGCAAUGCUGGAGAUGUAUCUAAUGUAUUUUCCAGUUUUUACUUUGCAGUUUUGAUGAUGCUUCUUUUUCAUGAAGCUUGUGCACAUGCUUUAUGCUAGAAUGUUUAUCUUGUGCUGAAACUGCUGAGUAAACUGAACAUGCAGGACACAUGAAUUCCAUUUUGGGUGCCAAGCAAUCCAGUUUUUCCUCUUCAGUGCCCACUGAAGUUACUGAAGGAAGUUCCCCCUGACUGCUGUGCUGAACAGAGGCUUGAAUGUGAUAACAGCUCCACUACAUUUCUGUUGGAUCAUGCAUUUCUGGAGGCCCUCAGCACUGUGCAGCUCAGGACUGUGACUCAGGAGCUGUCAGGCACCCUCUGUCACUGGGCAAGUCCCUUGUACAUUCUCCAGCAGCACAAAGGGCAUCAUUCACCUACCUCUGUUAAACACCAGAACAAUUUUAUCAGUGUGUCCUGUGUUUAAGAUUGCACUCUGACCAAGCUCAGCUCUAAUCUCAGUCCCAAAGUACCAAUUCUUUUAUGAAAAAAUAGACUGGGAGCUCCUGAGAGCUGACAGACUUUGGAGAUAGAAGGGAGCAUUUUAAUGCCAUGUUGUGAAUGGAAAACUGAGCCAGGAAACUUGUCCAAGGUCACAUGAAAUCAGAGUUUCUGAAUCUUGGGCUAAGACCUUACUUGUCAGAUCUUGCUUGUUAUUGGAAUUAAAUAAGGCUCAAAAUCCUCAAUAGACCGAGCAGUAGAAAUUCUGUGACUAACUAGUACAAUUUUGUAAUCUUAGCUGCUCCCACAUUGGUUUCAGGUAUUUUCCAUGUUGCCUUAUGUUGGGACCAUGUAAUUGAGUCAUUUUACAAGUUAAAGCAUACCAAAUCAGCUCUAUAAGAAGUGUAAGAAAAAAAAAAUCCUUUGUGGUAAAAAUUCCAUGUGCUUAAGUGAAAUAUGUAAAAUGUAAUUCUCUGUUUUGGUGGUGGUGAAACUAUUUAUAAUGCAAUUUGUAUGAUGUUACUCAGACAUUACUGCAAGCUGUAACAGUAAAAUAUCAUCUGAGUUAUUUUUGUAUAUUUAUUGCAGAUGUUAUUUUAAAGUGGUUUUGAACGUUGUAAAAUUAAAUAAAAUGACAUCUCAGAGUGGGAAUUAUUUGCUGAGACGUGAAGGAACUAAGAUAUUUAUUUUCUUUUACCUUUUUCUGCAGAUUUAUUCUACUGUUUUUAUAAUGCUUUUGAAGUUCCUGUGUCAGAUGUGGUAGGUAUUUAAAAGACAUUUACACAGCUACAAUAUAAAAUACUCAAGUGAUCAAAUCUAAUUAGCAAGCCAAUGAAUCUCUUAUUGAAUUAGAGCAAUUCUCAUUUCCAUGCCUCUCCUAAAUUUCUCAUUCUGGCUUCCUGCAAUAUCUGGCACAAGGCUAAUAAAAGAGUAUCUUCUGCUCCUUAACGUUUGCAUAACCCCUGAAUUUCUCUGAAAUUCCUUCUGAACACAAAGAACAAAAGAUGGUUUGGAAUAGUCAAAUUAGCAUUGAACAUUUUGAAAAAUUAUACUGGGAAGAGAAAACAUUCUAGAAAGGACUUUAUGUAAUUUGAAAGAAAUGACCUUAUCAGCUUCUUCCUCUUGCUUAAAUUAAUGUUUAUUUAAAACCAUGUCCUUUGCUGUGUUUUCCCCAAAAUACUUUACUGAGAUGAGGACAGAGGCUGCUCCCAUUGCUCUGUGGUGAAUUGCAAACUCAUUGGUAAUUUGCCACAUCAAAAGUGAAGAAAAACAGAUAUGCAGAGCAGAGCAGCACUGUCAGAGUGCUCACAGCUCCUGCCCUGCACCAGGCACUCCUUUCACUUCUUGAGGGGUGGCAGAGAGGUACAGGGGAGGUCAGAAGAAUCCUUGAAUAUGAAAAAUGUGGAAAUAUACAGGAUGUUCAGAGGCCAUGAUGGUGAAUGACACCACAAGGAUUCAGUGUCCCUGCAGAGCAUCUCUGUGUCCCCACCUCCGAUGGCCUGGGGACAGCACUGCUUUGGGCACAGCUGCAGCCAAAGGAGCCCCAGGGAUUUGUUAUCCACAGCCAAUAGCUCCUGUGGGGCUGGCAGGUGCCUGUCACAGGCACACCCUCCUCAGCUGGACAGGGGACACAAAAUCUGCUGAGUUUGGCACAAGAAAAGGGCAGGGAGAGGUCACUUGCCAAUUACUGUCAUGGGCAAAACAGACUCAGCUUGAGGAAAUUAGUUUAAUUUAUUAGCAGUCAGGGUAGGAGAAUGAGAAAUAAGCUUGAAUCUUAAAAACACCUUCUACUCACCCCUCCCUUCUUUCCAGGCUUAACUUUACACAAUUCCCUGCCUCUUACCCCUUGAAUGGCACAGUGGGACAAAGACUGAGGGUUCAGUCUGCUCACCACGCAUUGCUUGUGAAGCAUCUUCCUCCUCAGGGAGUGGACUCCUCACACUCUGCCCUGCUCCAGCAUGGGGGCCCUCCCAAAGGGUCUUCCAUGAACACCUCCAAUGUUCUUCCCCUGGGCUG